AACCUAUGAUAAUUAUGUAGUAGAUACUAGAUUUCGAAAAAAUUUAAAACUUUAAAAAAUAAUAAAAUACUAACUUUUACAGCAAUAAAUUACAGGAGAACAGAUAUUCAUUGGCCAUUGUCUGAAUUUUAUAUAUCCGUUACUAUUGACGUGAUACAAAUUAUUGUACUAUUCCUCAAUCUGUUUCGUUUUUUUCCGUAAUUACUAUUUCAAAUAUUGUAUUCAAUAAUUGGAAAUUACGAUGGAACCUAUCUGGUUUAGUACAGUUUUAUCUGAUGAAUUAAUAAAAAAUGAUAAUUAUAUUCUCGAAACCCCUAAUUUAGUGACAGAUUUAUUAUAUCGCCGAAUCGACAUUACAAAAGUAGUUGAAAAUAUGGCAGGUGUAUUGACAGACAAACAACCAGAAAACCGUGAAAAGGGUAUAAGAUUUUUUACAAAAGUUCUUAGUGAGCUUCCUAAUGAUUUUCUAACGGAAAUGCAAUUAAAGUUUAUAUCAAAGUUUUAUACAGAUCGAUUAAAAGAUAAUCACAGAGUUAUCCCAAAAGUCUUAGAAGGAUAUUUGGCCCUUAUUGAUAUGAAGCAUUAUAACAUACAUUUUUCUGGAGAAUAUUUAAAUGUUUUGUUUAGGGAAAUUUCUUGUCAGUCUCAAGUAAGGCAAGAUAGGCAUAAUAUUUAUUUAACUGUAGAAAAACUCCUGGAUAAGGAUAAAGAAUAUAUAAUAUCUCUUGGACCUGAUUUUGUGUUUGGUUUUAUAUCGGCCAUGGAUGGUGAAAGAGAUCCAAGAAAUUUAUUGUUCUUAUUUAACCUACUACCAAAGUUCCUGACUCAUAUCCCAUUAGGACAUUUAGUUGAAGAAAUGUUUGAAGUCGUAUCUUGCUACUAUCCUAUUGACUUUCAUCCAUCACCAAAUGACCCAGCAGCUGUUACGAGAGACGAGUUGGCUAAUGCACUCUGUCCAUGCCUCUGUGCAUCUCCUGAGUUUGGCCAGCUGUGCUUGGUUUUGUUAGUUGAGAAGUUAGACUCGACUUUGAGAGUGGCCAAAUUGGACUCCUUGAGGCUAUUGGCUGCAAGCUGUAAAAAAUUUAAUGUUCAAAGUUAUAUACCAUUUUUGAAAACGCUAUGGUCAUCUCUACACAGAGAAAUAUCACAGAAAACUGACGAUGAAUUAAAGUUAGCUUCUCAUGAGGCUUUGUCUGCUCUGGUUGCAAAAUUAGCAACAUCUGUAAAUACAGAUCAAUCAUUUGAAACAUUUGUCAAAGGAAUCAUCAUUUCUAUGCAGACAGCUAUAGCAGAGGCAAAGACAGUUGCCCAGUUUGUUCAAGCUACUAAAGUACUGUUAACAACUGGAAAUAGUUCAAAAGAGGCAUGUGUUAUUGUUACCCGCUUGAUGAUACCAGCUGUGGUUUCAUAUUAUGAGUUCAAAACGUCAGCUAAGUUGCAAGUAGCUAGUUUAGAAUUUCUCGCUGAUUUGUACGGACUGGCUGAACAUUGGGAAAUUCUCUCCGACUUAGAAAUUCAGUUGGAUGAAAUCCCGCGACUUUGUCUAACAGCAGUAAGUGAACCAGUAAAAGAAUACCAAAUAAGAGGUUUCAAAACUUUAAUAAAAGUUGUAAAUGCUUUGAGAGCAGAUCUAGUUUUACCGUUUAUUGAAGUUUUAAUUCAUAUCGUUAAGCAUGGUGUAGACGACGACAUUCUUACUGUUAGCGUGGAAACAAUACAUACCAUUGCUAGAAAGCAUCCGGAAUUAAUAAUGGAUUUGGUUGUUAGAGGUAAAUGUAAUAUAGAAAGCCUAGUAGAAGAAAAAACUAAUUUACAAACACGUUUGAGAUUACUAUCAAAUUUAGCAAGUAUUGAUGAUUUUACCAAAGUCAUAUUAGAAGAAAUGUUGAAGGUGAUAGCUAUAAAUGAUGAAAAUGCUUGUGUGGUUGUGAAAGAAUUAAAUUAUUCAUUAUCAAAUGCGAGCUUGUAUACAGAUAAGAAAGUAACAGAAAUAGAAAGUGACCAUGGGCUAAUUGACUCAGUUUUAUCAUGGCUACUGAAAGAAAUAAAAACAAAUUCUGAAGAUUCAUUAAUGCAUGGAUUUACACUGGUGUCAAACACUAUGUGCAGUCUGCCUAGUGAUAAACAGUUGGCAAUUAUUAAUAGAUACAGUGCCGAUUUGAUGGAAAAAUGUAACAACGAAGAAAUUUAUUUCCCAGUUUUAGAAUGCUUAUACAGAUCAUUGCAUCAGAACGCUCAUAGUGAAUAUUUAGAUGAAGUUUUGAAAUUAUCCUUAAAAUAUGCAUUGAAUGGUGAAAAAACUUUAACUAGGACCUGUGCAUGUUGUUUAAUAGCACAUAUUUUAAACAAAGCGGAUGUUGGACAGAGAUUUGAACUAUUGUAUGAGUUGUUAAAGGGUUGCCUAUUAUUAUGUAAUAAAGAGGAUGCAAAUAUUUGUGAUCCCUUGAUACAAUUGUUUGGUUGGAUUACAAAGGCUUUGAUAAUGAGAGGUAGUGAUCACUUCAUCGGGUGGUUACAAAAGAUUCUAAUAGCUUUAAAACAACCAGAAUGCUCUAGACAAGCAUCAGAGGCAAUAAGAGUGAUAAUGACAGAAAGCCCCGACAACUUGAACACCAAACACCAUUGUAGAACAAGUCUUCUGUAUAAACAGAGAAUAUUUCAAUCGUUCUCUACUUCUGUUGAAAAAUUGGGACCAUGGGAGAGUAGUAAAGGAAAUUAUUUAAUAUCAUGGUCGUAUAUUUUGGAGAAGGCUCCGAAGAGUGUGCUUAAUAGUGAAGUAAAUAAAAUAACGCCGUUAAUCAUCGACAGCUUGUGUUACGAUAAUAAAAACUUGCUCGUCACUAUGAUCGAUGUUUUAAUUCACUUUGUGCAAGCCAAACACGUUUCUGUUGCUGAAAGUUUACAGACCAUUUUGCCGCGGCUCGUUCAUCGCUCAGGCUAUAUCGAGUCUAUGGAUGUCAGAAUAAAAAGCUUGCAGUGUCUAUAUGAAAUAGCGAACAAUUACAAAACAGUUUUGUUGCUUCCAUACAAAUCGGACGUAAUAUUCGGCUUAGCGCCAUCUCUCGACGACAAGAAGCGGCUCGUGAGAGAUGCGGCGGUUCGCGCCCGAACGCGUUGGUACUUAGUGGGUGCACCCGGCGAAGAUACAGAAUAGAAGAAAUUAUUAAUCUUAUUGACAAACUUACAUUUAUAACAUACAGAGUCUAUAGGUUUUGUCUGAGAUUUUAAUAAUUAUUUCUCAAAAAAAAAAAAAUGAAAUAGGCGUUAUUUUGCCGAAAUCCAUAAUUAUCCAAAUAUUUUGAGUUUUCUUUAGUGUUAAAUCCGCCAAUAUUUGUCUGCAAACAAUUCGAUACGUGUUUCGCAUCAGUGAGAUGUUGAAUCGCCAAACUCUAGCAUGAGACUGCAUGCGCAUGCCUCGUGUAGAGGCGAAUCACGUGUCGAAUUAUUUGUAGACAAAUGUUGGCGGAAUUAGUACUUAAGAAAACUCAAAACAUUUGGAUAAUUGUUUCUCCAAAAAUAUUAUUAAAAUCAUCAAGUUUUGUUAAUAUUUAAAUCAAAAUAUUGAUUAAUAUUAUUUCUGAAUGUAAAGUAGCGUAAUACCGCAUCCACAUAACUUAAAGAACGACGACGAAAGAGUGUUAUGUUACGAAAGAGAAAGAGUAUUUGUAACAAGUUGAGUGAAAGAGAUGAUAGACAUUUCGUCCGCCGUUUUUUUAUAGUAUGUGCACAUGGCUUUUGUCGUCAGUUGCAAUGUCUUUGUACAUAAAAUGUAUAUAUUUGAAAAAAGUAUAUGUAAAAAUUAAAAUUAUGGAGUAAAACUUAAUAACAUAGCAUAAUAUCAAUAAUUAAUUGUUCCGUUGUUGUAUUUAUUACCUACUAGCUGUCCCAGCAAACGUUGUAUUGCCAUCAUAGUAUCACCAUCAACUGUAGUUAAUUUAUCAACUAUAGGUAGCUAAAAUUAAGUUUGAUUUUUUAACUCCUGAGAAAGUUAGACAGAUACAAAGAUUCUUAUUAUUUAUUCAUUUUAAACUAUUCUUUCAAUUUGAUUUCUGUACGACGGGGGACACAUCAAAGGAAAAACAUAAUUGUUGUUUUUUUAAAAUUCCGAAAAUUUUCAUAUUUAUUCACCUUUUAAACCUUCUCUGGAAUUCCACAAAUAAUUCAAGACCAAAAUUAGCCAAAUCGGUCCAGCCGUUCUCGAGUUUUAGCGAGACUAACGAACAGCAAUUCAUUUUUAUACAUAUAUAGAUUUGGGACAUCUUUAUACAUUUUAAAACUGUCGACUAAUAUAGACUAGUAUAGAAAUGGCUAAAAACAAAUAAUACAUAAUCUGUAUUAUAAAUAAACGCAAAUAGUUAUUCGAAGUUUAAAAUUACUUUUCCCUGUCAUGUUAAUCUGUAGUGACAAAGGUAAGAUAAAAACCAAAAGUUUUAAACUUGGAAUAACUUGACUUCGCCUUUAUUGAUAACACAGAGAAUGUUAUUUAAAUGUUUUUAUUAUAGUCGUGUUAUCUCUAAAUUAAAUGUUGCCUUAUC